GUCGAUGCUGCUGCAGCUUUAUUUGACUUCACGCGCAGCCUUGCAUCCCGGACGCGUGAGCUGAGAGGAAGAAGAAGAAAAAAAUCUGCAAGUUCUUGAUGUUUAUCUGCAUUUACAGUUUAAAUAACUGGAUACCAUGAAGAUAUCGUACAAGCGUAGCACGGUUUGACGAGAAAAGUCCUCAGUGUAAAGUAUGUGACUUAGUGCCAUCCACUCUGCGUUGGCCUCUUACCAAGUUAGUCAGCAGUCAUCAUCUGGUGCAUGAAAUUCCUUCCAAUGUCUUUAGUAGAGGAUUUUCUGGAAGUCCUGCGCACCGUCCUGGAGUACUUUGGAGUGCCUCCAGACAUGCUGGUUCCAGUGUGGGAUACUCAGCUGUGCGGCCAGUAUCGCAGCGUUGUGCGUAUGAUUGGGACCAACCUCUCACUGACUCCUACACCACGUGUCCACUUUCAGGUCCCUCUGCUCACCUACAGGCCCCACGGUUACGAUGACCUCCCUGCGGAGGCACGGGCCAUCCCCUCGUUCGCUGACGUCCUGUGGGUGUUUGAGGAUGAGGGAGAGAGCUAUGCCAAGACUAGGAACCAUAUACCUCCAAAGAAGGGAAAUACUGUAACUCGAGACGUGGUGAGAUACCCAGCACCGGCCCAGACUAAAGCCCCGAGGGGAGGCCGAUCAGCUGAUCCGGUCGCUAUGAAGAAGAUCACAGCGCUGGAGAGCGAGCUGCUCAAACUACGAGCUCAGAUAGCCAUGAUCGUUACUGCCGCUCCGGCCUCAGUUUCAUUAGGUGUGACAGAGUCCCAGAGUACACCAGGCACGCCGUUGAUGUCUUCUACCCUUCUGCCAGCUCUCACCUCCACGCCUCGCUGUGCUGCUCCCCCACCACCUCCACCUCCUCCUCCUCUUCCUCCUCCUCCUUCCUGCCCCGGCUCUUCCGCUGAGACUCCGUCUGUGUUCGAGCUGAUCCGCAAGCGCAGGAAGAACGAGAACGACCUUGACCAGGCUCAGCUCAAGCCCCAGGACUCGCAAGCGAAAGGGUCCCCAUCCAUGCUGGAUGUUCUCAGGAACUUAAAUCAAGUGAAAUUGCGUUCAGUUGCGAGAUCGCCAGGGGGAACGCCCAUCCGGAGGAGACGCAGUAAAGGAGGCCCGGCGUUGCUGAGUGACCCGGCGGCUCUUAUCGCUGAAGCGCUAAAGAGAAAGUUCGCCCAGCAUCGCCACAACAGCUCCUCUGACAAAGAAAACUCACUGGAACUCUCACCGUUCGGCAGUCCAGACACACCCAAGGUUCCUCUCCAUGUCAGACGCAGUCAGGGGCGCCUCCACCUCUGAUUCUGUUGGUCGGACCCCAAAAUGUCAAAAGUCCGACCGCCCAUCAGCCAAUGACAACUCGCACAGAUGUGCCUCUCAGACGAAUUACUACUGCAGCUCAUUUUAAUCUUUGUUUGUCUUGUUACUUUUGUUCUUGUAGGAGUGUUUGUCUCACAAUGAACAAAGUGCUUGUGUCUGUUACACAUCUCAUGGUUGGAAGGCUUGAAUGUAUGUUUGUGUUGCAGCGAUUGCUGUGAACAAGGAUGUCGGUACAUGUUGUUUUUGUACAGUGGAGUUUUAUGUUUCCAUGUGUUAUUCAUAUAUUGAUGGCGUCUUAUUUUUUAAAUGUAAUAAUGUUUUAAAAGCAGGUGUGCACUGUAUCUUGUAGCCUUCCAGCUUCAAGUCACUUUGUGAGGCCUUAUAAUUAUUACCUCAACAAAGUGGGUAUUGAGAUUCACGCAGCUAUAUUCUAUGCAACUGCUGUUUCAGGUUGUUUUAUAUUAAAGUGUUGAAGUGCACUGAUCAA